ACACACACACAAACCAUACUGCACUUUUCACAACUCACAGCUCCUGUGAAAGCAUCACACACUCCUUAAGGGACCUUUCUUUCCUUCUUUUUUCCCACAUUACUUAUAAUUAUGGGGUUUUAAAACUUUUCUUCACAUCUUUGGAAAUAUUGGAAUUAACAUCACCAAGCAACUACAUGAGAUGAAGGAGCUUUGACUUGCAUCAGCCUGGAGUUACAUUAUGGUUCUGGGCCAAGCUGUCAACAUGAGUUUGAUGGACAUUUCUAAGAUCUUCUCCCUGUUGCAGCCUAAGGAGGAGGAUGAGGACAACGAGCAGUGUCAGGCCUUGAACAACGCUGUGAGCAGCGACAACGUGACUCUGCUCUCUGAGCUUCUGUCUCAGGAGAGUUACAGGAGGUCUAUCAAUGCACGAAGUGGGUGGGGGGUCCCAGUAACCCCCUUGCGCACUGCUGCUUCUCUGGGACACCUGAGGUGCUUGGAGUUAUUGUUGGAGCAUGGUGCAGAGAUUGACAGCCUGGACGUGAAGGCCCAGACACCUCUGUUCACAGCUGUCAGUGGGAAACAUCUAGACUGUGUGGUCGCUCUGCUGAAGGCCGGAGCGGAUCCUAAUGGCAGCCAGUACAACAACUGCUCUCCGGUGCUCACUGCCGCCCGAGAGGGCGACUUAGACGUGCUCUGUGAGCUGCUGCGGUUCGGAGCCGAGGUGGACGUCAAACCCAAAGUCCCUGAGUGGGCUACUAAUGCCACAACCUGCAGAGGGCCCCUUUACCUCUCAGCUGUUUAUGGACACCUGGACUGCUUUAAACUACUCCUCCUCCACGGGGCCAACCCCAACUACAACUGCACAGAUGAGAAGAUGCUGGCCAGGAUAAAGCAGCCAAAGACAGUUCUGGAGGUGUGCCUCCGCUAUGGCUGCGGGGUGGAGUACAUCCAGCUUCUUAUAGACUUUGGGGCAGAUGUGUUCCUGCCUACACUGAUCAUUGACAAGACUACAAAGCAGAAUGAAGCUCUGGUUCUGCUGCUCAAAGAGAGAGUUUGUCCAAAAACACUGAUGUCGCAGACUCGGCUAACAAUUCGAAGAUACCUUCCUCUUGCCAAUAAGGAGCCGGCCAUUGACAGUCUGGACAUUCCUCUGAUCCUGAGGAACUACCUGAAGCACGACACCUCUGAACUCAUAUGAUGCUCACUAGCAUCAGAACAUAUGGCCAGUGCUGUUUUAUCUUUUUUACCUCAUUGCUGUAUAAUUGACUGCACGUUUUUUCACAUUUUUCCACAAGUAGGAUAAGAUAACGAACACUCACAAUCUCAAUGUGUGACAUUUUUAUCUGGUUCCUUUAGAGGUCUCUUUAAUAUAAAUUCUUGUUUUUAUUAUUUAUACAUGAAGAUUGAAGUUUGUGACUAUCCAUAGAUUAAGUUUAAAUAGAUAUUUUAGCUCUACAAAGCUCAUUAAAGUGUCUUUGUCAAACACAGAAAGAUGAUCACCCUGACAGGCUCCAUGUUGGAAAAUCUGCCGUCUUUAUGAAGUGUAACGCCAUGGUUGACCACUAGAGACCACAGUCAUACUGCUUAUUGCUCUUGUCCAGAUAUGAGGCUUCUCACUGGUACAUUUGAGCAUCUGUUAAUGCCUCUCUGCAUCACCUUUAGCUCUGUGACAUGACACAAUCAAAAAUAGUCUUCAAUUAUUUAGACAUCUAGGCACAACUGGCGAAACACAGUGACUGCAUCGCACCAGGAUGUCUUAGAUCUUGCCUGAAAAACAGUCUUGCAUCUUUCAGACAUUAGGAAGCGGAGUGAUCAGCUUACACUUCAGCAUAGCCAACUGGGAGAAUAUAUUUGCAUAAGUCUCAUUACUUAUUGAUUGCAGCAUAGUUAUGUACGGGCUACACUUUGUGGUUUGAAGUUUGUUGAAAAGAAUUCUGGGGAUUUGUGGACACCAUCCUUAUACCGUUAUUAUCUCAGGUUUGUUUGCCCUUAAAUCUUUAUUCUGUAAUACAUCCAAGAGUUAAUGAGUCAGCUCUUGGGAAUAGGACCUACCAAACAGGAAAUUAUAUCACACGACAGGAAAGGCAAGCACAAUGCUCUCACUGACACAUCAACGUCUCAACGCGCAGGUUCUGUAGAGGUUUUAUUUUCAACAAAAGUACAGCUAUAUCAGAUAUGGAUUUAUUUUUACAGCAAAGUACAACAUAUUCCCAGUGCUUCUGAUUACAUCAAAACAUAUAAUGUACAUACAGUUGACAUCUCCACUCUCCCAUUCACAGUUUCUGGAUUGAAUAGGCAUUAUUUUUCAGGUUUUUCAUUUCUACAACAAAUAAUCAAACUCAAAAGGCCGGCAAGAAAGAAAAUGACAAAUGUUUGCAUAUGGUGACAAAGGACGUGGAUACUGUGAGUAAAUUUUUCUGUGAUAGGCAAAAAUCCAGACCUCAAACUAGAUGGUAAUAUACAAUGGAUAGAUUCCAAAAGUGGGAUGUCAGUCUUCUGUUAACCUUGUUGUCAUUGAACACCACAUCAAUAUAUGGCUCAUUGAAGACUCUGUUGUACCCUGACUAUUCUGAAACAACACAGGACUUCAUAACCAACUGCAAGGAGUUCCUACUGAAGAUGCUAUGCUAAAUGUGAGUGAACGCGGUUAGCGGCUCAUGUACACCCUGGACUAAAAGGGAUUACAUAAAUCUGAGCAAGCUUGAUGCAUCCGAUUGACAGUAUGCUAACUUGGCUGUCUUGGUUUUGUGACCAGAAAGAGAAAAAAAAAAUCUUCAACUGCACAGAAGGCUGUCCUCUCGGCUCUCGGUACAAGGUCAGAAUG